AUGGUGGGCAAGCUCGCUGCUCCCUCGGAAUCCAAAGGCACGUUCACCCUGGGAAACCAGACGUUUCCCAAGGUGACGUGGUGGCGCGAGCCCGGCCUUCGUACUUUGUAUGCUCUGCUCGUCAUCCCGUUGAUCACGUCCAUGGUGAAUGGGUACGAUGGUUCCAUGAUGAACGCACUGCAGACCAGCGAACAAUGGCAAAACUACUUUGGCCAUCCUCGAGGUUCUCUUCUCGCUUUCUACAAUCUGUCGUUUGCACUGGGUCAGCUUAUUGCCGUUAUACCUUUUCCCUUUCCUGCGACGAUUGCGGACAAACUUGGCCGGCGCUCGGGCGUUGUUAUCGGGAGCAUCAUCGCCAUCAUAGGUGUUGCGAUCCAGUCAGCAAGUAUCAAUUGUAAGCUACUCACAGCUGCGAUACGCAGGCAGUAUGCUGAUCAAACUGUCAUGAUCGAUCAUGGAAGCGCACCACUGAUGGUAACAGAGCUUGCACACACUCAGCAUCGAGCGAGAUUGACGGCCAUCUAUAACUCGACCUGGUUGCAGCAAACCAGUGACCAUCAACAUAAACAGCGACUGGGCCUGGCGCAUCCCUUCGCUGCUGCAAGCCUUCCCAGCGGUUAUACAAAUUGCUCUCAUAUGGCUUCUUCCAGAGAUUACGUGCAAGCAAGUUUUGUCGAGAUCAAAGAGACGCUCGCUCUGGAGAAGGAAUUCGCCAGCCGUAUCAGCUGGAUGGACCUCAUUUCCACUCCGGGAAACCGCAAGCGGACAUUGAUCUGUUACCUGCAGGGAUUUUUCUCACAGUGGUGCGGCAACGGACUCGUGUCCUACUAUUUGGUUCCUGUCCUCGAAACAAUUGGCAUUACAUCCAGUUCGGAACAGGCCGGACUGAAUGGCGGCUUGCAGAUCUGGAACUUUAUCGUCGCCAUGUGGGCUUCUUUCAACAUUGAUCGUUUCGGCCGUCGGCCCAUGCGUUUAAUUGCGGAUGGUAGGAGCCUAUGGAACACACUGACAUGCGGUUCUGACACUCCUCCCAGGCAAGGGCUUGUCAUUGCUUAUCCGAUCGAGAUUCUACCGUACGAGAUCCGAGCCAAGGGUCUCAGUGUGACCUUCUUCGGAGUCAGCAGCUCACUUUUGAAUCAAUACAUCAAUCCUGUUGGCGUUGAAAAUGCCGGAUGGAAGUUUUACAUUUUCUACGAUGUCUUUCUGACAGUGAUAUUCGUCGUCGUAUAUUUUCUGUGGGUUGAGACAAAGAAUACUCCUCUUGAAGAAAUCGCCAAGUACUUUGAUGGUGAAGAAGCAAAGAUUGGUGGAGGGGCGUCGACCAGUACAGCGGCCGCCGUUCUAGAUCAAAUGAGAGCAAAGGAAGAGCUCCGAGGCGAUACCGAACAUCUUGAGACUGCCUAA